AUAACCAGACAUGUGUUCAUUUGUAUAAUUCUGUCGUCCGCUUUAUUUAUAAUAUAUUUGUUACUAUCAAAAUUCAUCAUAACAAACCAAAAUCUUAGUAAACUCAGAUCGUUUGAGUGUGGGUACGAUACAAUAAGAAAAAUACGACAGCCAUUCUCGACGAAAUUUUUUGUGCUAAUCGUGCUAUUUGUUGUAUUUGAUAUCGAACUCGCGUUGUUUUUUCCUUUAGCCUAUUCACUUCAAAUCUAUGUAGACCAUCAGAGUAUCCUGAUCCUAAUAGUAAUUCUGUUGAUUCUUCUUGCGGGGGUAUUUCUGGAAUGACAUAAUGGUGCCUUGGAUUGAAAAUUAUAA